GGAAGCGACAGCACCCCGUUGACCGAGAGCUGGACGGCUCUGAUGCACCCACAACAGAUAUCAGAAGUGGCAUCCACGAUUUCCAAAACGUCAACUCUCAACUUGCAAUCAUUAUUUGCCAAGUGGAAAUAAUGCGAGAUUCAUUGCUCUAUAAAAGGGGAGCGUUGUCUGCUUGCCAUUUAGAGAGACAAAAGAUGGCAUUUGGAGUUCGCUUGUGUUUGUGUCUCUUGCUUGUCUUUGCUGUAAUAUCUUCGGCUCGUAACACCAUUUCCUUCUCAGACAAUGAAUUGGCCUUAGCUGUGAAGGGCAGGUCCUUGAAGAUGACACUGAACGAUUACGGUGAACCAAUGGCAAACCGUGGGCACGAUCCUUCACAAAGAAACAAGAACCGGGGUGGCCGUAAAGGCUGAGAGAUUCCAUGGUGUCUUCUUUAUUCAGUAUUUUGGAUCCUAACCUAAAUAUAUACUGAACUGAAUAAAUAACACAGGCUCACGUUUUGUAUUGCACGGGAGCUGAUUUAUACUCUACCUCUGCCAUAUUAAUACGUAUUCUCUAAGGCUUUUCUUCCUCGUUUAAUUGUCAUCUUUCUUAAUUUCAAGUUGCUGUGUCGUGUUAAGUAGAUUCAGUGUGAUCAAACAUUAUUGUGAAGAAUUAAUUUAGAUCCUCUCGAGCUAUCCAUGACAUGAAAUAAUCUCUUCUCUG